UUUUGUUUGUUUAUUUUUGCAUCAUUUUCUCUUAUCACUUGGUUAUGAUAAUGAAAUGAAUGAGCGAGUGAAUCUUCGACUUCACAAGUUAAUUAGUCAUUAGUUGAAACGAUUUAAUGGUACAUAAUAAUGGAGAAUUCAUAACGGUAUGUGAUGAUACAUUAACUACGGCACCAACGACGGUUCGAUGCUCGACUUGUGACUGUUUUGAUUUGGUGCGAGUUCGCGGUGUUCCGGUAAACUUUUUGCUAUCAAAAUUCGAAGUUCGAACCAAUUUUUCGUGAAAAGUGAAUUUACAAUGACUAGAAAUAUGAUCAAUACAUUCGUGUUUUUGGACCUCGAGUCGACUGGACUACCAAUGUACGGGAAUCGCGUUCGAGUGACGGAAUUAUGUUUCGUCGCUGUCAGCCGGAAGAGCAUACUGGAAUGCAGUAAGAAUGAAGACUGUAUUCCUCGAAUUUUGAAAAAGUUAUCGUUUGUUGUAAAUCCUCGCGCACCGAUACCGGACGAGGUUGUGCAAUUGACUGGUCUGAGCAACGAAAACCUGGAAGAUGAAUCGCCGUUCGAUCAAAAUAAAGCCGAUAUGAUCAAACUAUUUUUUCAAAGUUGCGUACCGCCGAUGUGUAUGAUCGCGCACAACGGUAUUCGGUUCGACUUUCCCCUGCUGAAGAAAGAGUUGGCUGCGUUUAACCAAGCCAUCCCUGCAGACUUAUUGUGCGCCGACAGUAUGCCGGGUUUUAAACGUGUAAAUAUCGAGCAAAACGAUACCACACUGAGCCCGAUCAUAGAUCAGACCGACGUGAUGCUGUUCGACGCGGUAUCUCGUAUCGAGCAGUGCAUAUCUCAAGAGGCAAACGAAACUACUCCGAUGGCUCAACUAAUAACUACACCCGGUUGUUCGAACGGCAAAAUGGCGACGCCGACGCCACCGUCGCCGCAACUUGCUGCAAAAAUAGUUCCCGCCAACUUCGGCAAUGUUAAACGAAAAUUAUUUGUAGAUGGCGAUCGCGGGGAACAGAGUAACAAAUUAAAACUGAACUACUCCCUAAAUCACGUAUAUUUAUCAUUAUUCAGUAGAUCUAUAGCGAACGCGCAUAGAGCCGAAAGUGACACGAUAGCCUUGCUGCAGUGUUGCGUUAAGAUGGGCUCGCCGUUAUUGGAAUAUUUCGACAGCGAGGCCAAAAAAUUUGAAGAUGUAAUAGCGAUGCGCUGAUGGCAUGUACGAGUAUUCGAGUUACCUUCUGCGUGAAAUUUAUGAUCCGAAAAUGGAGCGGAUAUUUUGUGAUUUUUUUCGUAUAUUCCUGUAUUAAUAAUGUUUUUAAGCUCGCUUAUUUUGUCCGCGUAAUUUUUGAUACUAAGUAUUUUAUUUCGUUCGAGACGUCGGCGUGAAUGUGAUUUAAUAUCAAAGACUGAAUUGUUUUGUUACUUCAUAAUUUGCAUUUCGUCUUUUUUGUACGUGGAAUUUUUUGAUAAUUAUUAUUUUUUUUUUAUGAAGCGACAUUGUUGCGCAGUCGCAUUUGUUUCUAUUUGUAUUUUCGAUCUUGAUUAUUUGUUCUUGUUUCGUUUUUAAUGGAAAAUCAAUAAUAUUAAUGUUUCGUACACCGAA